AUGAUGAAAGCUAAAUUGAUGGGAACUGGAAGUGAGUUUGGUAUUCCAGAAUUGGGAUGUGAUUGCCCAACAUGCAAAAGUGGUGAUAUAAAGGAUAAACGAGAAAGAGCAAGCAUUUUUUUAACAACUUCAGAUAAUAAAACAAUUAUAAUUGACGCAGGAUGCGAUUUCAGAGAUCAGAUACUGAGAGAAAACUUAAGGCAAAUGAGUGCAAUCAUAUUAACGGAUGACCAAUACUCACAUAUAAUGGGAAUUGAUGAAAUUAGACCAUUUACUAAAGAUUCUUCUAUCCCCAUAUUCUGCAGUGAGAAAACAAAGGAAACAUUACUAAAAGUUUAUUAUUACGUUUUCCAUGUUUUCCAAAUCGGCGGUGGACUUCCACAAAUGGAAUUAAAAGCUAUAGAUAAUGAUUUUACAGUUGAAGGAAUCACUGUUACACCAAUAUUAUGUUCAAGUCCAAAGAGAGAAUCAUAUGGUUACAGACUUGGAACAUUUGCAUAUCUACCUGAAUGCAAAUCCAUUUCUGACGAGUCAUUAUCUAAGUUACACGGAGUAGAAACAUUAGUUAUCGGUGCAAGUGGCCUAAAAUCUCACGAAGAUAAGCUUUGCAUUGAUGAAGCUAUUGAAUAUAUUAUCAAGAUUGGAGCAAAAAGAAAUUACAUCACUCAUAUUACGCAUGAUAAUACAUAUUCAGAUUGUUCAAGUUAUAUCUCAAAGAAGGUACAAGACGAUCCAAGAUUAAAUGGUGUUAGCAUAGAUAUGGGCUAUGAUGGAUUGGAAAUAGAUAAUAUUAUUGUUUAA